AUGGGGGCUGACUGGUCUGAUCUUCCUCAAGAACUUGUUAUCUUCAUCGCCAACCGGAUAGCUUUCAUGGAGGAUUUUGCUGCUUUUGGUGCGGUUUGCAAACCAUGGAGAUCGGUCGCUACGAAGGAAAACUUUACUGGUCGAUUAUCACAUCCAUUCCUUAUGCUCCCAGGGGAAGAUGGAGCUGCCAUCCGUGAGUUCUACAGCUUCACAAAAGAUAAGGUUCAGAAGGUCAAUCUGCCAGAAGCCGAGGGCAAACUAUUGUGUUAUUGUUCAGGAUGGCUGAUCACUUUAGAAGGUUUGAAAUUUACUCUGUUGCAUCCUUUCAAUCGUGCCCAAAUAAAGUUGCCUGAUUUUAGAGAUUCUGAUGGACGACUUUCACCAACAAACAUGUCACAUUUUCAUACGGUAAAGAAAUUUGUCUUAUCAUCAAACCCUUCUUGGACAUCAGAUUUUGCAAUCAUGGUUCUUUAUGACCAUGAACAUUUGGCAUUUUGCAAACCAAGAGAACAUAAAUAUUGGACAAGUGUGGUUUUAGAGGAACAUCCACUGGAUAUAACUUGUUAUAAGGGACGAUUUUAUGCCAUGUGCUAUAAUGGGGUUUUGGUUUUCGACAUUGAAAACCCUAAGCAAGCAAAGACAAGGGUGGUUGUUCAAGGGCCACUACGUCGACAUGUACAUGCUUCUUUUGGCACAAAGACAUAUAUGGUGGAAUCAGCAGGGGACUUAUUAGUAGUUUUCUCUUACGGAGAUAUAUACCGACAAGCUCCUAGGUUUAGGGUUUCUAAGGUUUUGAGGGAUGGGAAGAGGCCCUCAAAAUCGGUAGUGAAGGACUUGG